CCCCCCAACGACCACCCGCCCACCACCCAGACACAUCCAAGGCUUCCAAACGCACACGCAAACACAUCCACACUACACGAAAUGUCUGCUGCCGACAAGGAGGACGCUGUCGAGGUCACCGAGGUUGUCGACGAGGUGGAGGUCGUUGAGCCCAAGGCUGGCGCUGUCGAGAUCGUGGACGACGACGAUGAGGAUGAGGGCGACGAGGACCCCCUCGACGACGAUGAGGAGGACGACUACGAUGUCGAGGAGGACGAGGAGGACGACUACGAGGACGACGGCGAGGAUGGCGAGGAGGACGACGAGGGCGACGACGACGAGGACCCCAACGCCGAGGGCCGGCGCCUGCUCGCCGAGCUCGUCGAGGGCGGUGAUGUCGAGACGGACGAGGAGGACGGCGACGUCGAGGACGAGGCUCCCGUCGCUGGACAGAAGCGCAAGGCCGACGACGAGGACGAGGCCGACGCUCCUCCCAAGAAGAAGACUGAGAACGAGGAGGCCGGCACGGCCGUCGAGGCUGCCGCUUGAGGCACGUGCCGAGUCGGGGUCCCCACCUGCGGUGCUGAGCGCCCCCGCCCAGCGCGCGCAAGGUGAUUGAUCUGAAGCAAAGUUAGAUGUCUGUUAGCUGCCGCCAGUGCGCAGAGUGCGCAACUCGCGAGUUGAAAAAUGUAUUGCGGGUGGCCAGAAGCCAUAAGGCAGAAGGCAGAAGCCAGGUGUGAAAGUCAACA